CCCACCCUUCCUCAUAUAGUUUCAGCCACACCGAGGGAAACCCUGGCCGCCAUCGAUUGAUUGAGCGGCGAUGGAGGUGGAGGCGAUGAGCAGCGCGCUCGCGGGGUUGAAGAUCCACAGCAGUGACGGCGUGGGUUGCCGUAAUCGUGGGAGGGAGAACGUCGGCGGGGCGAAGACGACGAGGCCGCUCCGCCUCAAGAUCAAGUCCCUGACGAGGAAGAGCCGAAUCCGUCGCGAUGAGAAUCGGCCGCCUACUCCAACCCGGGACGAGCGAUGGGCCGAGGAACCGGAGAAUCUGCCGGAGGUCAAGGAGGAGGACGCCAUCGCCAGGAGCCGUCGAAUCUGGGAUAGGCGUUGGGCCGGCCGUUACGGUGCCUUCGAGGAUGAAACGAGUAUCGGUCCCAUGCGCUACACAUCCAAACCGCCUACCCCAGAAUACCUAUUCACAGAACAGACCGUGCAGAUCUUCUCCAUCAGGGUCAGGGCCCCAACAGAUGGUCUCAAGUGGCCGCUGCGUGUCUAUGGCCACAUUGCCACCAGAGACUCGAUGGAUCAGAAUCGCAACUAUCUCUUCAGGCGCACAAGGGAUAACUGCCAAACCCUCUCACAAGACGAUCCAUCCUUGCUGCUAACUGGCCCAUCCCGGGCAAUUGUGUACCUUGCUCCAAUUACAUUCGAAGUGCAGUUAAAAGUAAAGGGCAAAGGUGAGUCUGAAGAUGAGAUGCUGGCUUUCGGUGCCUUCUACUAUGACGAUGGGUCUGCUUGUGAACGCAAGCUUUCUAUACGUUACGACCACAAGCGCUGCAUGCUUGAGUAUGAAGUGGCGCUGCGGCCACGCUCGGUUGAGGCCACAAUCAGCUUGAAGGUCGUCGUGGGGUCAUGGCCGGAGAACCACCGAGGAAUAGUCGUCGCCAUCACCUCCGGCAUAGACGAGAAGAUCGUCCUGCUUCGUUGUCGAGACAGAGAACCGCCCAUUGAUCCGGAUGGCUCGUUUGAGCUCUCGAGGCGGGUUGUUUCUGUGGACUUGGGAGAGAAAUUGUUGGUUGCUGUGGACGCCUCUCUCUCCGAUUUUCUCAUGCGGGCCACUGCCGUGUUCAAGCCGGCGUGCUCCGGCACGAGCCACGGCGUAUGCGACCUCGGUUCCUGCAAGGUUGAAGUCACAGUUGCUUGGUCCCUCUUCGUUAUUGUUGUGCCGUAGAUUGUGUGGGUAGUGUUUGGUGAUUGCUCGACCGCUGUUGAAACACAUGAUUGUGUGUGUACUGUUUGGCGGUUGCUCGACCACUGUUGAAACACUAGAUGGUGUGUUAUGUUUGGUGGUUGCUCGACCGCUGUCGAGACAGUCACUAGAUGGUGUGUUUGGUGGUUGCUUGACCGCUGUUGAAACACUAGAUUGUGUGGGCACUGUUUGGUGGUUGCUUGACCGCUGUCGAAGUGUUUCGAAGCUGUCCAGCUCUGUCUGUAGCCUUUUUCAGUGGUGGUGUCCCUAAAACCAUUGAACUGUUUCUGUAUUAUCGUGUCAUGAUACUCAUCGAGCGAGCUGAUGUUAAUUAUGGUACUUUUUAUGUAUUUGCUCA